AUGUCUCUGCAGGAGAGAUUGACCCAAAUCCGCUCGUCGCCGAAGCUGCAGAGUCAGCAGCAGACGUCGGUCGUUCUCAAUGCGAUUGAAGAUACACUGCGCAGUCAGAAAAGCGAACCGACACCCACCGCAUACUUUGCUGCGCUCUUGUCUCUUCUCGGACAGUACAUUUCCGCCGACAAGGGGCUUGUGAACAAGGAAGUCGCCAAUUCCGUUGUAUACCUCCUCGAUCUUGUCACGAGCCAUGUUCCCGCGCCACUCCUCCGAUCGAAAUUUCCUCAAAUCCUCGCUAGCCUUGCGCCGGCCUUGACACAUCCCGAGGCGGAGGCACCUCUACUACGAGCCAGCAUAGGAUGUCUUGAGUCUCUACUUGUAGCACAAGAUUCUCAAGCAUGGGCUCUCCCACAGUCGACCACCAGUCCGCGCGGCGCAAUGGGUGGACUUCUUGCGCUAGCCAUGGACCACCGACCGAAAGUGCGGAAGCGGGCACAGGAAGCCUUGAGCAGCGUUUUGAAACAACCUCCGCCUUCACCUUCUCUCGAUCACCCUGCUGCCGAAAUGUGUGCCGAGACUGCAGUGCGACAUUUACAAUCUGCCGUGGAUGAGGCAACAUCGAAGAAGAGGAAGCAGAAGCAAAAGGACGAGACACAGAACGAUCCAAACUUGAUGCACGCCAUGCAGUUGGUCAAGACAUUGGCUACAGUGGACAAUGGCUGGCCGAGUAAGAGGAUAGAUGCUCUAUGCGAACUCCUGCUCAACAUUUCGCGAGGCAACAAUGAGUACCUCACAAUGGCUGCUUUUGAGAUCUUCGAGAUCAUCUUUGCAGGCAUGGCAGAUGAGGUUUCUUCAUCCAAACUUCCUCGAUUGUUGGAGGUGAUUACCGAGUUGCAGCCUUCACAAAACGAUUCACAGCUUCUCCCACCUUGGAUAGCAGUUCUGAGUAGAGGAUAUGACGUUUCUUCCCAGAUUGCACCAGACGAGACCUUCCAAAAGCUCCCCAAGCUGUUCAACAAGAUCGCCUCAUUUCUGGUCUCUUCCUCCCAUAACAUUCGCAUUUCUGCAUCCGAGUGCCUGAUCUCCCUCCUACAUACCUGCAUACCAGAGUCCGUAUUGUUGGAGCCAUCGAUCAUGGAUGACAAGGCUUUGGAGAAGGUUGCCAAGACACUGCGGGAUCUUCUGAGUGUCAAAUACCAGACAGCUUGGAUGGAGGUGUUCAACGUGCUUGCUGCGGCUUUUGAGGUUUUGAGAUGGCGAAGUCAGCCGCUGUUGGACAGCGUAGUCAAGGCGAUUGGAGAUUUGCGCACCGACGGUUCCUUCACCGGAAAGAAGGAGGCAGACGCAGUCCUUUCAGCAGCUAUCCGAUCAUCUGGACCUGGAAAUGUGCUUGGAGUACUCCCUCUCAACCUUGGAACAUCCUCCUCUGGACCUGGUCGGGCAUGGUUACUCCCAAUCAUGCGAGACUCUGUCAGCAACACCAAUCUGGCACACUUCCGGACGGAGCUUGUUCCCUUGAGCGAGACAAUGUUUCAGCGCGUUCUAAACCACGGCGAUGCAGAGAAGACUAUGGAAAUCAAGAUCUUCGAGACCGUUGUCAGUCAGAUCUGGUCAUGCCUUCCUGGCUACUGUGAAUUGCCACUCGAUUUGGUAGAAGCCAUGGACCAGUCGUUCGCUGAGAUGCUGAGUAACUUGCUCUACCAGCAACCUCAAUUGAGGACUGUCAUCUGCAAGGCUUUGCAGAAUCUUGUGGAAACGAACAAAGCUAUCGUGGAGGUUGAGGGCGAGGAAGACAUUAUCCAACAAGGACGUCUUUCCAAGGCAGACGCUCAGAAGAAUCUAGAGCAUCUAGCUGGAUUCGCAAGCAACUUCCUGGCAGUCCUUUUCAAUGUCUACGCAGAAACUCUCCCGCAAAACCGCGGGAACCUCCUUCAAUGCAUCAACGCAUAUUUGAGCGUCACGCCGGAGUCGGAGUUGAUUGAGACCUAUCAACGCGUGGCYACGAUGCUUGAGGGAUCUCUAGAUGAAGCUGGACCGCAGACCCAAGCAGACAAGCAAAAGUCACAGAACAAGGACGCCAAGAGUAAGAUGCCGCMGACUUCGCACACUCUGAUGGAUUUGAUCAUUACCAUAUCGACAUAUCUACCGAGAGAGAGCUUUAGCGGAUUGUUCAACAUGGCUGCCAACAUCCUCAACAAGCAGGACGAUCCUCAACUACAGAAGAAGGCGUAUAAGCUGAUUCCUCGAUUGUCCGAGAGUGAGAUUGGUCGACAAGCGUUGGAGGAGCGGAACGCAGACUUGCAACAACUCAUCCUCACUGCGGCAGACAAGGCUACAGCGCCCUCGCGGAGAGAUAGACUGGCAUCGAUUGCGGAAAUCAUCCCUGGACUACCAAAGUCCGAUCUUCACUUCAUCCCGUCAAUCAUCCCCGAGGUCGUCAUCAGCGCAAAGGAGGUCAACGAAAAGGCAAGAACAGCUGCAUUUGACCUUCUCGUCCUCAUGGCGGAGAAGAUGGCAGAUGGUGGUGUUGUAGUCAACGCAAACGUGCCUCACAUGCCAUCAGACGCUCCCUCUGUAGAUGCCAGUCUGGAGGAAUACUUCACAAUGGUCUCCGCCGGUCUGGCAGGGUCAACACCACACAUGAUCUCCGCGUCUAUUACGGCAUUGACGAGACUGCUAUACGAGUUCCACGGUCGCAUGCAGGAGUCCACCGUGGCCGACUUGGUGCAGACUAUGGAUCUCUUCCUCACAUCCAACAACCGUGAGAUUGUGCAGUCAGUAUUGGGCUUCGUCAAGGUCUGUAUCAUCUCUCUGCCCAGCGAAGUCAUGCUACCACGGCUGGAGACUUUGGUUCCCAACUUGAUCGUCUGGAGUCAUGAGCACAAGGCACAUUUCAAAUCCAAGGUCAAGCACAUCUUCGAGCGGAUGAUCCGUAGAUUCGGUGCCGAAAUUGUGGAGAGACAUAYACCAGAAGCAGAUCGAAAACUCAUAACAAACAUCCGCAAGAUGCGGGAAAGGCGCAAGAGAAAGAAGACCGAGGGCGAUGGCGAAGAGACCACCGCUACUGACAAGAAGCGUGGCAAGUUUGAGAGCGAAUACGACGAGGCCGUCUACGGAUCUGCUUCGGAAUCAGACGCUGGCUCUGACAUUUCCGACGAUGAGGUUCUUGGCCGCUCAGUCGCCAAAGGACAAAAGGCGAAACAAGGAGGCAAGCAGUACAUUGUGGAAGACGACGAUGAGCCUUUGGAUCUUCUUGAUCGUAAAGCACUCGCUCAUGUGUCAUCAACGAAGCCUUUGAAGAAUCGGGAGACUGAUGGAAAGAAGAAGAAAGCCAAGACUGAUCUCGACGGCAAGCUUGUAUUCAACGACAACGAUUCAGAUGCAGAAGUCAUGGACUUUGACGGGGAUGAGCCUGGUGAUGGCACUCUCGAGGGUGGUAUCAACGCUUACGUGGCCGCGCUCAAGGGCAAGGAUGCGCCCGUCAAAGGUCAGCGAGGAUUGAAAUUCAAGAAUUCUCGCGCCAGUGCUGGUGAUGAUGAUGAAAUGGACGUGGAUGAGGAUGUCAUGUCUGCGAAGAAGAAGCUGGAUGCGAGGAGUCCUCGGGGUGGUGGUGGUGGGCCGCAGAGAAGGGGACUUGGAGGGGAGAAGAACAAGGGUUUCUCGGCUGGCAAAGUUGGUAAAGCGCGCGGUGGUGGCUCGUUUAGAGGGAAACAUGGGUUGCAGAAUCGUAGGGGUAGAAAGUAG